AGUGUCAAAUGCUUUGCCUUCAAAAAGGGGAAAACUGGCGAUCGACCAUCGUCCGAGGAUCUCAAGGCGUUUUGGCUGAUUUUCAAUAAACUGUACCAUGGCAGAUCUCUGUUGUAGCAGUGAUCCGUAAAGGAUCUGAAGAGGCUGCGUGGUCUUAAAACCUGCCCAGGUCUAUUCGGAAACAUUAGCCUCUCGGGAGGGUUAAAUACAGAGCAAUCAAGAGAAUCUCCACGGUGAUGUCUUCCGUACUAACUUUAAAAUACCCGUAAGCAAAGGGUCGUGAAGUUGAGAAUCCUAAGCAUGUUUUUCAUAGUGUUGCUCAUUGACAACGGCCAAACUUUCCGAGGGACUUUUGCAUUGGAAGCUUGGGUAGAGAUGGAGAUCUUCCUGAAUUCCAUCAACCCAAAAAAAAAUAAAAAGAAAAAAAAAUAUAAAAUAUAAAAUGAAAUAAAAACCCUCACGGACAUGUGGUGACUUGCUACUGAUUGAGAAUCUGCUUGCUGGAAUUCGCGAGUAGUGACGGGGCAAGCUUAUCCACGCCGUUACAGUCACAACGGCUCAAUGCAACGGUCAAGGCAAGUACAUACAUUUAACAGGGAUAGGAGUUAGCAUGCCGUUUUUAUAUAAAAAGAUACCUGGACCCCUCAUCUCCUUCCCUCACAUCAAGCACACCAGACACUUCUCACACCGACAUGUCCAUGCUGUUGAAAUACACCUGGAAAUCCCGCUCUGUCCCACAAGAGACCUUCAGCGGCUGCCGCUUCUUCUCCAGAUCGCACCAAAUGGCCGAUCUACUCUCCUCCCUUACCACAUUCGAGGAACCCUACCCGGAAAAGUCUGAAAAGCCGCCAUCCGUCAACGAAAAUGCCUACUUUCAUAAUGAGGCCCGCGCCGCCUUGCGGGGGGAGCGUCUUCCCGAAGACUGGAAAAAUGAUCUCUACCGCUGCGCCAUCCGCGGCAUACGACACCACGAGGCGUUUCCCAGGUCUGCAGAGGUUGUGAAGCUCUGCAAGAAGCAGCCCGAGAGCUACUUUGCGCGGGCACGUAACGCCCGGCUCAUUAUGAGCAACCAGAUUCCUAGGAUGAAGACGGACGGCGCCAAGCCCUACUGUUUCUGGCACCCUGAUACGCCCAGCGAAAAGACGCUCCGGCGCCUAGUAAAGGAGUAUCCCGACAUGGCAUAUCUCGUGGGCCGCGCGUGCGCCGUGGCAGGAUACGACGAGCUGUAUCACGAGCUCGGCCUCCUUCCCGAAGUCUCGAUCGCCGAAGAGGCUAGAGAACAAAGCGCGAUUUCGAACAACCCGGGAUGUAAGGCCAUCUUCGAGCACAUUAUGAAGCAGCCGGUCUGCUACGCCGUCUUGGACGACUAUACUAGGACCAUUAACCACGAAAAUCCACAGUGUCCGGCGUUUAUGAACGGCGACACGGCCGUCCUAUCAACACUAGAUGUGACGGUCGGCCCGGAGGACUACUGGACUGAAUGGCCCGGUAGUUAUUUUAACUUGGAUAACGAGGCGUUUCCUUUCGAUAUUACCGAGACCGCCCACGUUGGCGAGGUCACAACGGCCGCAUCGUAUACUACCGCGCAGCAGGGAACGAUGCCGCCGGAAUACGUCGAGCUGUUUUACACGCCUCUGCCGCUGCACCUACCGACUACGGUCAAGGACCCACUAAUUAUUAUGGCCGCGUACGAAGGCAACCUGGACCGUUACCUGCGCUUGCGCCGGCCGAAGAUGAUUAUGGGCGAGUACGGCGCCGUUUUGCGCGGUAUUUACCACAACACCACCUUUGCCAAAUGGUGGUCGGUGCAGCCACGGGACGGGUACAGUUACCAUACUAAUUCGGGGAAUAUCCGGGCAGCUACGCUCGCGCGCUUUAUUAUGGUCAACGACCUGUCCAAUAUGACGGCCACCGAUCCCAAGAAAUACAACGAGAUGCCAGGCAUGAUCUGGUGGCCGCUUAUUCCCGCCGAGCGCACGCUGGAGGCCCUCGCCAAGCUCCGGCCGGACAUGCACCUCCAGGUGGCCAUGGCGUGUAUUGCUGGUAAUUAUACGGAGCUGUGGGAUAAGCUGGCGCCGGAGCCGUCUAUACAGCUGUGGGACAUGGCUUCUUGGGAGCGUGACAACAGCGUCCGGAACCACUUUGUCGAUUAUCUUAGGAAUCGUGCUUCCGAGCUCGGACUAAAGGUCCCUGGCGAUCUGCCGGAGGUCUGCGACUAUCCUGCUCACGACUGGUGCUGGGAUGCGGCGAAAAUUCGCAAGGAGCCCGACGACCGACAUGGACCCAACCCCAUGGGGUGGUUGCCGAGGGAAAUCACGAUGCACCAGACGGACGACCGUCCAGACAUUGAGAAUAUCUACGGGGCAUGGCAACAGGCUAACGUGGCUGGGUGGGAACUCCACAUUGCUUCGACGGAGGAGAUGAGGGCUAAGAUACCGGACGGUGAGAGUGGCAUGUGGGUUAGUGAUGAAAUUGAUGGACAGGCGCGGCCGCCAACCAGGGACACGACGGAUACGGAUUCCCUAGAGGGGUCUUCGCAAGAAGCGGAUGACGACGAUGACGACGGCGACGACGACGUAGAAACAAGCAGUUAGGAUAACGAUGGGAACACAAUGGACUGAUUAACAGAAUUGGCUAGUAGUUGGGUCGGUGACGACCUGCGAAUCCCUGGUGUUACUCCAAACUGAACAACCGCGUUGUAUUCAAUAUGCCGCCAUCCUUUGUCUCGAUCAACUAAAAGUCAGGAACGCUGUAAAAUUAGCACCAUUUGACAAACUGUAUAAAUACUAGAUGUCAAAAUGGAGAUUGGUUUGACUGG